GCCUGACAUAGCAAAAGAAACAAGGCUUCUCACCGUGAGAACCUGGGGACCCUCGAUCAGUAGUGGUCCCUGGAGGAACCUCGCUUUAUGGUCUCUAGACCAUGAAGAGGGUGGAGAGGCACGUGGUCAAAGGAGCGCGGGACAAACACUUUGAUUUGGAGAGGAAGAGUGCCAAGCAGGCUGAAGCCAGACUCAGCCAGAGACUGCGGAGCCUGGAGGAGAUCUGCCUCUACCACAUGAAAUCGCUGACCCGGGAGCAGAGACAGCUCCAGAAAGAGCUUCAGAGGUUGCAGCAAGCAGAGAUCAUCAAGAAAAAGCUCUCCUCCUAUUUUGGGAAUGGAAUUCAGAAGAGACCAGAAGACAUCCUCAAGUCCUCACAGGGAAAGCAGCAGCUCAGAGUCCCACAGACUGAUCAUGUUGGACCACUGGCAACCAACACAGCCCCAGAAACAUACAGCACCAGGCCCCAGAGGCCUCCUUCUCAUCCCACUGGUCUCAAGGACUCCAUGAGGAACAAGGAGCAGCAAUCUCAGAAUGACAGAACUGCCUGCCUCACGGAGGAGAUGCCACAAGCCCAAGGGAAGGACUCCAUAAAGGCACCCAAGGGCGGAGACCCCAACAAAGGCAUCUCUGCUCUAUGUCACCAUCAAGCUGUUUCCACCAACUCCUCAGAAAAAGGCCCCAGUUCCAGCCCUGCUAGUGAUAGCGGAGUGGCACCUGUUGACGAGAACAGAUCCCAGGAUGCCAAUCUAAAGCCAGGCAUGAAUGCUGGGAUCCAAAUUCCCCCACAUUUCACAGAAGAUGCAAGAGAGUCCACAAAGCAGACCUUCUUAGAGUUGCUCGCAAAGGUCAAAAAUGCCCACUAUCUCCGGCAUAGGGUGCCCCCUGAGUCUGAGAGGUUGCUUAGUAUUGCAGAGAUAUUUGGACAUGGGGAGUCCCCACCGCGCAGGGAAAGAGAAGAGUCUGAAAAGCAGGCGCCAUCUAAUCCCUUCUCCAGCUAUUUAACACAGGCUGACAAUGACACAUAGAAUCAUCACCAUGCAAAUGUGCUCUUUAAAUAAUGGCAGUAAGCAAUACAGAGAAGCAAAGGGACAGGCAGAAAUGGAUGACAAUUUUAUCUUAAACCCUCAGUUCCUUAUUUUUUUUUCCUUUUACAGGAAGAUGAUAUUUCUCGAAAUAAAUAAACCUAGUAUAUGAAAAAUGAGAGGAAGGAUGAAUUUUCUGAAAAUAUUUUAACUGAAGCACAUGUACUGCUAACGUCAUAAAAUAUAUGAAUAUACAUUGAUGACUGUGCUUUUCUUGAAGGAAAAAUAGAAUCCUUUCAUGACCUGUUUUUCUUAGGUGAAUCUUAUAGCGCCACCUGCUGGCCAAAUGGCAUAGCUGGUCCCUAUGUGUUAGUUUAGUAUGGUGGUAAGAAUGAGAACGCAAUUAAAAACAUGUAGUAUAACAUGGUUUGUAAGCAAAACCGGUUUCCUGUAACAGCUCUGUGCUAUUUUUUUUUUUUUGACAGGCAGAGUGGACAGUGAGAGAGAGAGACAGAAAGGUCAUCCUUUG